AUGUCGAACAUCAAAAGACACCGUACAAGUAAAUUCUGGAGAAGAGUUACUCAUCUCCUGUUCAUAAUACUUCUUAGUUUAUACGUAGUCCAGAAAUCUAGGCCGAUCUUCAGAUUCAGAAAACUAAGGAGGUUCUUGCCGGACAUGAAGCAUAUUUUGCUGUGGCACAACAUCAGCGGGAUGGAGAGUACUGGACAAGCGACGUUUCUAAAACAUAAGUGUCAUUCUUCCAACUGCUAUUUCACUUCGAACAGAAGUUUAUUUGGUAACCUGGGAUAUUUUGACGCAAUCUUGUUCAGUGCCCAGGAUAUAAGUGGUGGUAGAGGCGACUUGCCUACGGUUCGAGCACCCAUACAGAAGUAUGUUUUCGUCGCUAACGACUCUGCCGACAACUAUCCAGUCUGCGAUUCUAUGUAUGAUCAAUUCUUCAACUGGACCUGGACAUAUAAAAUGGAUUCUUCAAUACCGUACACGUUCUUUACUGUGCACAAUAUACAGGAUGAACAAUUGGACGGUCAUUUCCGAUGGAUAACAAACAUGACACCUAUAGACGAGUACAUGAAGAACCAACUGGCAACGAAAGCCAAAGCGGCUGCCAUAUUCUUGGACAAAUGCAAGAGCAGGAGUAAAAGAGAAGGCUAUAUAGAAAACUUGAAAUGGCAACUGUCCAAAUACAAAUUGAAUAUAGAUGUGUACGGUGAUUGUGGAAAGAAGAAGUGCAGGAAGGUAAACAUGGCUGGAUGCUUCUGGAGACUGAAGAAGUAUUAUUAUUUCUAUCUGGCUAUGGAGGACUCUUUAUCACCCAACUAUAUCACUCAAGAGGUGCUGUAUGCUUACGAUAAUUAUGCUGUGCCUAUUGUAUAUGGAGGUGCUCAGUACAGCAGCAUUUUACCACCAAACUCAUACUUGAACGCGAUCCAACUGAACGAAGAGAUGCUCGCGCGUAAAAUGAACGAUAUCAUCAAAAACCGAACCCUAUACUACGACUACUUCCGGUGGAGCAACCACUACAUCAUCAAAGGCACCAAGAACCUAGACCCCUGCGCCUUGUGCAAAGCGCUCAACAAUAGACACUGGCUGACGUUCCGAACGAGAAACAUCAAAUUCAGACAAUGGUGGAACCCGUAUUAUAAAACUAGAUGCUCGGAGUCGUCAAUAUGGCACACAUAUCAUUAG